AUGUCCGCCACGAUCUUCGGACUGAGCUGUGGUAUUGAGCUAUAUAUUGCAAGUGUGGACUGGGGCUGGCUGUCUCCACCCCACAACUUGUCUCUUCACUGGACCCCUCCAACAGUACUAACAAUCCACAAUGGCAGUCUCUUCAUGUCUCGGAUCAAGCUCACACAAUUGUGUCACACGAGUAGAACACACUUCAUCUAG